UAGUGUGGCGCUCUGUGAGUGGAGGAGCGCUCCGUGCUGGUGAGCCACGAGGGCGGAAGCCGGGAAGUUUGCAGUAACACAGACACACAGCAGCACGCGUGGAUCCCCAGGAUCAUUCGGGGUGCUUGAACCCGGUUCAAUGCGAGCGGAGACACCGCUGCAGCCUGGCUGUCGCCGGGAUUUCCUGUGUGUGCUGACAGAGACAACCCAACCAGCUUCGCGUCCCGGGUCUGGGCAGUGAUGGAGUCCGUGUUGCUGCGCUGUCCCGUCACAGCGCUUGAGUUCCUGGGAGAGGACUGCCUGCUCUCCGGGGAGGGCCCUGUCCUCACUGUGUACAGCCUGGGUCCCCACAGGGAGAGCGCAUCACGGAGCGUGCUCAGAAACUACCGUAUCCACGGCAUCCGCCCGUCACCGUGGCGACAGGAGGGAGGGGGCGGGGCCGUUCUGGCUGUGUUUGGAGGGAAGGCGGUGCGAGUGAUGGAGCUGAGGGAGGGCCCCUCCAUUGCAGACCUGUCCCCGCUCUCAGAGCUCCAGGACUGGGUCUGGGAUGUGUGCUGGCUGCAGGACGGGGAAGGGUCUGGUUCUGGGAUGCUGGCGGUGGCUCUGGCCCACAACGCGGUGGUUCUGUUGGACCCGGUGUCGGGCCGGGCCCUGCGGGAGGUGCACUGCGAGGAGACGUGCAUCCUGUACUCUGCGCUGCUCGUGGGACGCAGCUGGGCCCGGCUGGCGCUGGUCUCGGGCACCGUGUUCAACCAGCUGGUUCUGUGGAGGCCAGGAAACUGGGGGCCCAGGAACGAGGAGGGCCAGGCCAGGGCAGAGUGCAGGGUGGCUGGGCACCAGGGCGUGAUCUUCGGGCUGGCGUACCAGCCGCACAGGGGGCUGCUGGCCUCGGCCUCUGACGACCGCAGUGUGCGCCUGUGGGAAGUGGGGGACCUGUCUGAGGAGGGGGGAGUGUGGGGAUCAGGGGGGGCGGGGGGGCCAUGCUGCCUGCAGAUUCUCUACGGUCACCAGGCGCGCGUCUGGGCUGUGCGUCUGCUCUCCGAUUGGCUGCUGAGUGUGGGCGAGGACUCUGCCUGCCUGCUCUGGGGCUGUCGCCGCGGAAACGUGCUGCGCAGGUUCAAGGGUCACCGGGGGAGGGGGGUCAGGGCGCUGGCGGCAAUCGAGAGGGAGGGGGGAGGGGCCUGGGUGGCUACAGGGGGGGCUGACAGCGGGAUCAGACUGUGGAGGAUCGGGGGGGAGAGGGCUGAGGGAGAGGUGGAGAUUGACGAGGGAGAGGGGAUGGUGAGGGCUGAAGGAGAGGUGGAGAUUGACGAGGGAGAGGGGAUGGUGAGGGCUGAAGGAGAGGUGGAGAUUGACGAGGGAGAGGGGGUGGUGAAGGCUGAGGGAGAGGUGGAGAUUGACGAGGGAGAGGGGGUGGUGAGGGCUGAGGGAGAGGUGGAGAUUGACGAGGGAGAGGGGAUGGUGAGGGCUGAGGGAGAGGUGGAGAUUGACGAGGGAGAGGGGGUGGUGAAGGCUGAGGGAGAGGUGGAGAUUGACGAGGGAGAGGGGGUGGUGGAGAUUGACGAGGGAGAGGGGGUGGUGAGGGCUGAGGGAGAGGUGAUGGUGAGGGCUGAGGGAGAGGUGGAGAUUGACGAGGGAGAGGGGGUGGUGAAGGCUGAGGGAGAGGUGGAGAUUGACGAGGGAGAGGGGGUGGUGAGGGCUGAGGGAGAGGUGGAGAUUGACGAGGGAGAGGGGAUGGUGAGGGCUGAGGGAGAGGUGGAGAUUGACGAGGGAGAGGGGGUGGUGAGGGCUGAGGGAGAGGUGGAGAUUGACGAGGGAGAGGAGACGGAGGGAGAGAGCAGUCCAGGGGGCAGGCGUCUCUCUCAGCUCCUCUUCAGUGGUCAGGGCACCCCCAAAGUGAUUCGCCUGGUGGACUCUGGGGCUCAGGUCCUGGUGAUGACAGACUCGGGGUGCCUGUACUGCCACAGUGUGGGAGAGGAGGUCCUACAGUGUGGUGGAGGUGAGUGCUGGGGCUGCGCUGUGUCCCUGUCCCAGCCAGGGGGCGCUGUGGAGGUGUGGGCCGGCCGGGGGAAGGUGCACAGCCUGUGCUGGGGGUCCCGGGAGGCUGGCUCGGAGCUCUUUGUGUCGGGCCCCGAGGGCAGGGUGCAGUGGUGGGGGGCGGGCCAGGCAGAGGGAACCCCGCUCAGGCUGCUCCAGCGAGGCUCCUUCCUCCUGCCUCCCUGCAGGCACCGGUGGCUCACCGGAGUGGCUUUCCUGCCAGGCAGUGGCGACGGCGCGGGCCUGUGGGUGUGUGGGGACCGGCGGGGCUCUGUGCUGCUGUACCGGAACAGGGCCUCGAGGGGAGAGCAGGGAGAGGGAGUCCGCACCAAGGCUGACCCGCAGGAGCCGGUGUCGGUGCUGUUCGGGCUGCACGGCAGGCAGGGGGUGACCUCAGUGACAGUGCAGGGGGGUCUGGUGUACAGCACGGGGCGGGACGGCUGCUACCGAGCCCUGCGUGUGAGGGAGGGGGGCCCCGUCCUGGAGGUUCUGCGGGCACAGAGAGCCUGCCGCGGGAUGGGCUGGAUAGAGAGGGUGCUGUUCCAGGGCGUCGGGGGAGGCGGGGAGCUGGUGCUGGGGUUCCACUCCACGGAUCUGGUGCUGUGGGACUCGGGGAGGAAGGAGAGGCUGCUGUGUGUGCCGUGCGGAGGGGGGCACCGGUCCUGGAGCUACAGCCGUGGCUCUGCUGGAUUCAGCUUCGCCUUCCUAAAGCAGGGGGCUGUCUGCCUGUCCCGGGCCCCUCGUCGCUACGCAGCUCGGUGUUGCUCCCCGGUGGUGAGGCAGGGGCUGCACGGGAGGGAGGUUACCUGCCUGUGCCGCCUGGGUGCCGUGGCAACGCCGGGAGGAGCUGUGGAUAUCCUGGUGACGGGCAGCGAAGACACCACACUCACCGUGCUGGCCGUCCAGCCCUCCCACAGACGGAUCACAGCCCUGACCACCCUCACUGACCACAUCUCCAGUGUGAGGGCACUGGCCACGGCACAGAGAGGCGGACUGACACACGGACACACAGACCAGCUCUCCGCUCUGCUGUUCUCAGCAGGGGGGCGGGCCCAGCUCCAGUGCUACCGGCUGCUGAUUGGCUGGGACAAACAGCGGCAGGGCGUGUCCUGCCAGGCAAUUCACCUGGCCUCUCACCGAUUGGACGAGCACUGGGAGCGAAUGAGGAACCGGCACAAGACUGUGAAGAUGGACCCCGAGACCAGGUACAUGUCUGUGGCAGUGGUGGAUGCUGGGAUGGAUGGUGGGGACGCAGUCUUCCUGGCUGCAGCCUGCAGUGAUGGAGCAGUGAGGUUGUUCUCGCUGUGGGAGGAGCGGCGCAGGCUGGCUCUGCUGGCAGAGUGGUUUCAUCACCAGCGCUGCGUUCUCAAGGUGACCUCGUUCACACACUGGCUGGGGCAGCAGCAGGAGAGCAGGAGAGUGUUUCUGUGCAGCGCUGCGACGGAUGGGAGCAUUGCAUUCUGGGAUAUCACUGAGGCGGUGGAGGGAGGGAGUCUGGAGGAGGAUGGUGGCGCCCCCCAGCGGAAGGGGCUGGGCAGCCCCUUUCUGACUGUGCAGCUGCACCAGAGUGGGGUGAACAGCCUGGAUAUCCUGGAGACGGAGACUCCAGGGCGCUACCUGCUGGCCAGUGGUGGUGAUGACGGCUCCCUGCAGGUGUGCCGCGUGUGUGUGGAGAGCAGCGUCGCCGUGGCGUCGGUGCGGAUCAGCGCUCGCUUCGCAGUCCUCUCUGCUCACGCCGCGCUCCUCACCGGGCUGCGCUUCCUGACCCCUGACCUCCUGGUCUCCGCCUCCGUGGACCAGCGCGUGGCUCUGUGGCGGCUGGGCCGGGCCGGGCUGAGCUGGCAGGGAGCCCGGUUCUGUCACGUGGCUGACGUGGCGGGGCUGGAGGCGUGGCAGAGAGAGGAGGACCGGGACACCUUCCUGGCAGUGUGCGGGCAGGGGCUUCAGAUACUGAGGCUGGGACACAGGGAGAGACUGGGAGAGACUGGAAGAGACUGGGAGAGACUGGGAGAGGGGGCUGGGGGGCACUGUGAGGAGGCUUAGCAAGGACUGCAGGUACCAGGCAAGAUGAGAGGGGAGCCGCUGAACUCGUCUCUGCUUUAUUUCUGUGUGUGCUCUCCAUGCUGAGCCCGGUGUUUAAACUCAUAUGCUGUUCAUGUUUUAAAAUAAAUGCUUACUUAAGAAACAAAGUGUUAUCUGGGGGUGUUAUUGGAAAAGAAAUGUAUCGGCUGCAGUGAGGGGAUCAAGGCACACCAGUCUCUCUCACGGCUGCAGUGAGGGGAUCAAGGCACACCAGUCUCUCUCACGGCUGCAGUGAGGGGAUCAAGGCACACCAGUCUCUCUCACGGCUGCAGUGAGGGGAUCAAGGCACACCAGUCUCUCUCACGGCUGCAGUGAGGGGAUCAAGGCACACCAGUCUCUCUCACGGCUGCAGUGAGGGGAUCAAGGCACACCUGUCUCUCUCACGGCUGCAGUGAGGGGAUCAAGGCACACCUGUCUCUCUCACGGCUGCAGUGAGGGGAUCAAGGCACACCUGUCUCUCUCACGGCUGCAGUGAGGGGAUCAAGGCACACCUGUCUCUGCUCAGUGAGGUUGACAUUUUAAACCAGCAUGCUGUGCAAUAGGGCCUCACUGGCCUGCUAUUGAGUUUCAGGUCUCCACUAAAUCUCAUUAUUUAUUGAAGCAGUGUGAUGGUGUGCUUCAUUGAAUGUAUGAUUGCUCCCUGAACACAGACAGUUAAACCAUUUCAAAUCAUUUCAAUCUGCCUGUGUGUGCUGGAUGAUCCCUGCCUGCCUGUGUGUGCUGGAUGAUCCCUGCCUGUGUGUGCUGGAUGAUCCCUGCCUGUGUGUGCUGGAUGAUCCCUGCCUGUGUGUGCUGGAUGAUCCCUGCCUGCCUGUGUGUGCUGGAUAAUCCCUGCCUGCCUGUGUGUGCUGGAUGAUCCCUGCCUGUGUGUGCUGGAUGAUCCUGGUUAGUGAAGUGGCAGGCUUGCGUGGUUGAUUAAUAUUUCAUGCUGCUGCCAGCUUCCUUUUGUCUGGAUCCUCAGCGAGGGAUGAUUCUCU